UUGAGAUACUAACGAUCGUCGCGGUUUUUAACCAUUUCCAAUCGAUCGAUUCGCGCUAAAGAAAACAAGUGGAGUAAUAAAAUCGGAAGUAUAUUGGGAAAUCGUUAGAUAUCGUUUAACUGACUAACAAGACUCAUCGAUAUGAGUGGCGUGCUGCGUCGCGGUUCCCUGAAUUUCGAUUGCGUGGGCGGACCGCGGGACAAGGGCAGGGGCAGCCUGGAGGCAAACCUCUAUGGCGGAUAUCGUGAGACAAGGCCCGGCCCAAAGACCCCGGAAAUCAGUGUCAUAGCAUUGGACUUUCGUCGCUAUUCCGAGGACCUAAAGAAGCCAUCUACGGCAACGGAGCAGCAGAGAGAACAGCCGCCUGGCAAGGACCUUAGCCAGGAUGCGGACAGUGAUGUGAUAUCUAAUUUCCUGGGACACUACACCCGCUGGAGCUUUAUGUGGACCCUGCUGCUCUGCCUAUUCCAGUUGCCCACCACUUUUCACCUGUUCAUGUUUGUCUUCCAGACUGCUUCCAAAGACUUUUGGUGUGCCCGACCGGACAACCUCCUGCAGAUGAGUGUCUCCGAAUGGCGGAAUAUUAGCCAGUCUUCCAAUGGCUGUCUCCUUCUGGAUAUAGAUUAUUCCCAAGUGUCUUACGAGGACAAUGAGUUGAUCAAUUGGCCGGCAAAUGGCACCGAGUUGGGGUACAGGCAGUGCCGGCACUUUGAGUUCUCCGACGAGGAGGGUACGGCCAAGACUCUGGUGCAGGAGUUCGAGUUGGUGUGCGGACGGGACAUUCUUAGCCUGGUGGAGACCUGCUUCCUGGUGGGUGCGGCGGCGGGAGCUGUACUUAGCGGUUGGAUAUCGGACAGAUUUGGGAGAAGGCAUACUCUGAUGGCAUUCGUCACUAUUCAGAGUGUAUUUGGUGGAAUUUUGGCCUUCUCAACAUCGGUGGCCAUGUUCAUGUCGCUACGUGUUAUAAUUGGAUUCGCAUCAAUGACCGUGACUGUUGUGAGCUUCGUGCUGGUUGUAGAGCUGGUCUCCGGCAAGUGGCGCACUGUAAUCGGCAUUCUCAACAUUCUGCCCGUAGCCAUCUCCUAUGUCCUCUCUGCCGGCCUGGCCUACCUCAUCCGCGACUGGCGUCAUCUACAGCUGGCCAUCUCUUUUCCAUGGCUAAUCAUGCUCAGCAUUUGGUUCUGGCUGCCGGAGUCACCCCGUUGGCUAUUGGCCCAGGGCCGGUUGGAUGAGUUGUGCGGACUAAUUGAGCGAGCGGCCAAAAUGAAUGGAACUACCGCUACUUUGCCCAAUAACUAUCGCAAGACACUCGAGGCAGCGGUACCGCGGGCGGUCCAAUCUCCCCAGGAACCAACAAUCGAAGAAGUGAAGGCAGCUGAAGCGGAUGCACCAGAUCUAAGUUCUAAUGGCCCUGUGAAUCCCCUGAUGGUGGUAUUCAGCGCCAAAUACUGGCGCACCACUUGCCUAACGUUGGUCAUCUGGCUCACCUUGAUUAUCAUCUACUUUGGUCUUACAUUGCAUUUGAACAAUUUGGGUGGAAAUAUCUACAUCAAUAGUGCCGUGGCUGGAACUGUGGAGGCCGUUUCUAUCUGCAUCAGCAUCCUGGUGGUUUUGAAGGUUGGCAUCCGACGAAGUCUUAUUGGUUACAUGCUGCUGCCGGGUCUUUGCUGUCUAGCUACCAAUCUAAUGCCAAAUCAAACGGGAGUGAUUGCUCUGGCCACCAUAGCCAAGUGCCUCAUUGGAGCCAACAAUGCCAUCAUACCAACCUACACUGCGAUGCAAUAUCCCACAAUCGUUCGAAACUUUGGCGUUGGCAUGGGCAACCUGGCAUCUGGCGUGGCCCUAAUCCUUGUGCCCUUCCUCUGGCAACUGGAGCACAUUGAUCCCCUGCUGCCCUUGAAUGUUAUGGGUGUUUGUGGCCUGAUUGGCGCCAUUGCCAUCAGUCUUAUGAAGGAUGUGGAAUAACUUAGAGCUGGAAUUGGACUUUAUUUUUAUAGAGGAACUAGAGCUGACUUUCCGUUUUGACAUGCCUAACUGUGAUAUAUAUUGGACCUAUAUGGGGGGACUUUAUGCACCCGCACUAAAAUCGUUUUUCUCAUUCUACCAUUAACUAUGAUUUUAUUUUAUUGAUAUGAUUUAUUAUUUAUACUUUCAUUGCAUUAAAAACGCAGUAUUGUUAUGAUAUGCAAAAUUGAUAAGUUUUUAAAAAUGAGUUCCUAUAAAGAAUAAUGGUUAGAAACCUUACUAGAAAAUGAUACCAUAAACAUACUUAGCUAAUACACCCACCAUUGCGCAUACGCUCUGU